AUGCAAGCAGAGUAUCCCGCGUUGGAGCACGACCCGGCGGACCGCUGGAUCGAGAAGACGCCGCUUGUUGGUUACGAUGUCAACUUCUACUACCUCGACCUUACGAACACGGCCCAGCUGCGGGUGUUCCACCACCGGGACGCCACCUGUGUCAUCCUGGCUCAAUCGGAAGACCGUGAGCUAGAUGUCGCGGAGCACACCCACACACCUGAGGCAAUUUCGGCCCGCCUGGCCCAGGCCCGCGCACCGGACGACCUGGGAGAUUUCGUCCUGGGGGCCGUUGAUGGCACGGUCACGACCUUUGCAAUCGUGGCGGGCGUCGCGGGGUCGGGGCUGCCGGCGGGCGUCGCGGUGGUGCUGGGCUUAGCAAACGUGCUAGCCGACGGAUUCAGCAUGGCGGUCGGCAACUACCUCAAGACCAAGUCCGAUCACGAGGUGCUUGAUCGCUACCGCCGACGUGAGAUCCGGCACAUUGAGCGCGAGCCCGCCGGCGAGCGCGAGGAGAUCCGACAGAUCUUCGCCGCCAAAGGAUUCAAAGGCGAAACCCUUGAAGAGGUCGUGAGAGUCAUCACCGCGGAUCAGCAGCAGUGGGUCGAAACGAUGCUGCGGGAGGAGUUCGGCCUGCCGACGUCGCCCGGGCCGCCGCGGCGGGCCGCAUUGAUCACCUUUGCCGCGUUCGUGACCGCCGGUCUUGCUCCGAUUGUCCCCUUAGCCUUUUCACGCAUCCUGGGCCCCGGUUACACGUUCGGCCUGAGCGCACUGGUAACGCUGCUCGUGUUCGCGGCAAUUGGCGCCGUCCGAGGCCGGGUCACCCAGACGUCCCAGCUGCGGGGCGCGGCCGAAACGCUGCUAAUAGGCGGAUCGGCGGCGGCACUGGCCUACGUGGUGGGACGGCUCCUGCGGGGGAUCACCAUGACCCUACGCCGACCCCUGUCGGCACUCCACGUGACGGAGUGCUGCAUCGCGCUGUCUGCCGCCCUUGUUUGCGGCCCAGCCUCAGCCCAGAUCUUUACCGACGGCCUCAGCAGUGGCGCCAACUGGACGGUCCAACAGACCCCAGACGCCUCGGCGACCUUCGGGUACGACUACUCGCAGGAUGGCCUUCCGGCCGCCCCCAACGGCAGCGAUACGAUCGGGUUAAAAUUCGAGGUCAACAAUUCAGCCCCCACCGGGGCUGAGGAAAUCGGCGCGUUCACCCAGGUUGCCAACCUUCCUACCGAGUACACGUUUCGAGUCGAUAUGUGGUUGAACUGGGCUCCCGACGCCGGUGGCGUGGGUUCGGGCACCACCGAGUUUCUUGGCGCGUCGGUAGGCCACCUCGGUGACGCCCCGGGGCCGUUCGGAGCCUCCUUCUUCUACAGCUCCGAGGGGGACGCGGCCGCCACCGACUACCGGUUGUACAAGGACGAUUUCCAGCUUCAGUCGGAGAGCGGGGAGUACGCCUUGGGGACUGAGGCCGGCUCGCGUGACAGCUCGAACCCCAUCAUCCAAGAGGCCUUCCCCUCCUUCGACAUUGCUCAGGCCGUGCCGGGCCAGGGAGCUACCGGCACGCAGCCGGCCGGAGCCGGCGGCUUCCAGUGGAUGACCCUCAACAUCGAGGUCGACUCCGACACGAUUGGUCCCGCGGGAACUUCCCCCAACCCGGGCACCGCCCACUUCACGAUGAAGAGCGCCGCCUCAGGGAAGGUCCUCGACAUUGGCACCAUCGAUUACAGCAACACCGACGACGGCUACGUGUACCCGGACGGGUUUCCGAUCGACCUCAGUCAGGACUUCUUCGGUUUGCUGAUGGCGGACCUCUUCUCGUCGGUCACCCUUAACCCCGAUUACAGUUUCGGUGUGUUCGACAAUGUGCAGGUGCUCGAGGGCCUCGUGGCGCUUGAACCUGACGCGCCCGCCGGCCUGCCGGGCGACUACAACGAAGACGGCACGGUCAAUGCAGCAGACUACACCGUGUGGCGGGACGCGCUGGGCGGCGCCGAAGCGCUCCCCAACGACGACACCGCCGGCGUCGGAGCCGACGACUACGACCGCUGGCGUGACGCGUACGGCCAGACCACGGAGCCGAUGACCGCCGCCUCGACGGCGCCGGAACCGGCUGCGGUCGCACUGCUGAUUGCGGCGGGUCUGGGCACGGUCGGUGGCCGCCGCCGUGGCUAG